GCCCCAUUCUCGUUCGGGUGAACUUACUUGAAAGAACUGAAGUCUAUUUAACAGACUAGGCCUGUGAAACAAGACUGUCGGAUAAAUAACAAAGAUACUCAGUAGUCGGAGGAGUUUUGGGAAAUCUUAAAGCCAAUGUAUUUUAUAUAGUUCUGUAAAGUUGACAUUAUUAAUACAGUGAUAACAGACUUUUCUGCCUCAAGAUUCCAAUCAAAUCAGGUGUAAAACGCCUUGGCAGCAAAAAGCAUAUGCGAAGCAUGAAAUUAAAGUUAGCACAAUGCAGUUACUAAAUGUUAAUCAUUGUUAAAUUUAGCAUACAACUUAAAAUAAGACUUUUGUAAUUUUCCACAUAAAUUAAGUGUACUUUCAGUCUACUUCCUCACUGUGAAGGCAGCGCGCUUGGACACCGCGGCGGUUAGAAUCAUCACGUUGGAAGUUCGCCACAGCAAAUAUGGCCAAUAUGACAAGCGAAGCCCCGUAUGCCGGGGAAAAUAUUAGCCAUAACUGAUUUACUUGUGUUUGUUGUUGUUUGUUCUCGGCGCCUUGCGGUGUUUCUUAUUUACUGCAUUUCACUACAAGGCCUAAUUUCUUUGCAAUGAGAGGCACUGCCUGAAAUAUCAGAGACUUUCCAAAGUCAGUUGGCAAUAUGGCGAAGGUGUCUCUUCUCUCUACAAACAAGGCUUUCAAUGUUGUUCUGUGUUAAGUCCCACAACAUGCGGAAAAUAUUCUUUGAGUACAGUUUUAACAGCAUCUUCAAACUAAAUCGUUACAGUCGCUAGCAUUUAUUUAUGUUGUGUUCUGUUCAAUGUUUUACACCAGAGCUAAGUUUAUUGUUUCGCUGUGACCUUUGAACGUACAGAAAUCUGUACACUCGCUCCUGAUUGGUUAAUAUAAGCACACCAGAACGAGAAUGGGGCGCACUAGACCAGACUCUCUAUUUUAUUUCAUAUAUAGUGAGUCUGGUACCCAGGGUAGUCAAUAAUAUGAAACGAGUUCAAUAAGGCUAGCUCUCGUUCAAACCAGAUCGUUUAAAUAGAUAAUUUUUUUAUCUGGUUACAUCAUGUAACCAGUUGUCUUCCAGCUUGUUUUGUCAAUGUAACCAGAUGCAUGCGACCAGUACUGAAAGCGGGUAAUCUAAAUGUUUGACCAAUUGAUUUUUUAAGACUUUUUCAUAUAACUUUGAAAAUGUAUUGAGAACACUUACUGGGCGGAAAUUUCUUUCUAAUGUACGAAUUGAUUCCCCUUUAUCUAGUGGGCAAACUGCCGCUUUUUGCAUCGUUUGAGAAAACGAAAAUUUCGAAUGCUACAGUUUAUUGGACAUUAAAAAUGAAAGUGAAAAUAGGCCUGUAAAGGGAGGGGGUUGCUUUCUCCAUGUAUACUUUUGGUUAUAGUUCUUUUGUGACAUAAGCAAUUGAUAAUCUGCAUUUACAUAUGAACAGCUACAUUAAAACAUAUGAAAGAUGAGGAAUUACUUACCAACACGACGACACACCUCUUGCAAUUUAUUUUCGGUCUCCAGAGAUAUCCCGAGAAUUUCAGACAUCAGCUCCCCGGCCACCGGAAUCCGCUGGAUUUCGACCAAAUUGGCCAAAAUCCUUUGAAAAACUAGGACCGUUUCUGCAAUAUCUUCCAUUUUCAAUAUAUUUGGAUACCAAGCAAUAUCGACGAAUCGACGGGUCGAAGAGAAGCUGCUCGAAGUCAACUCCACGUGCGACUAACAGUUCGUUCGAUGGUUGACAGUUAUGACGUGAUUCGAAUAAGAACAAAUGAAAACAUCAAAACACGAAAAAAUACUUUGAGGAAGUAGCUCUUACCGUGAAUUCUUAAUGGCUUGAGAUCCUCACCUGUGAAAAAGAUACCUUCUCCGAAUAACCCUUCCCUCAAAAUGAACCCCCUCUUGCCAGAUAGGUACCCACCUCCUUAGCCGUAUUGUUCUCAGGACAAAGAAAAAUUUGCGCGCUAAAAAUUAUUUUUUAAACGCUGAAUUUAAAACAGAGAAGGGGUGAUAGUGUAGAAAACAGUAUUUGUAGCAAAACAUCAUAAUUUCCUUUUAUUGAAUCAGCAUAUUUUUCCUGCAGGAUCAAACAAUUGUCACUCGUCGAAGAACGACAUGGAUUCAAAUUUUCAUGGCAAGUUGUUUCCUUAUCGUUGAUUAUUUACAAUAGAAAGGAUGUUUUCUCACAGAUUGAUGGUCGAAACAUAUACUUUUGCAACAAGAUUUUUUCAACACGAUUGCAUUUUGUAAUCAGUUUUCUUGUAAUCAGUUUUCUUGCAACCAGUUUCCUUUUUAUACAUGUAACCAGAAUAUUUUUAUUUAGAACCUACCAAAAUUCUGGACAGAGAUCUGUUUGAAAUUGAUGGAAAUCAAUACGUGGCACUGGCGGACGUUAAAACAGAUUUCCAGCACAUGACUGGAUCAGCCUUCAAAACCAUGCUCCACUGAAUGGGUAUAAGGGCUAGAUUAGCCCAAGGGACGAUAUGUGCAAAGCUGCAGUCACGUUUUGGAAAACAGAAAGGGGGACACUGGCUGAUAGAUAUGGGAGAUUUUCAAAAACUUAACAGCAAACACAAACAGCAAAUCUUCAAACAGCUCCAAAGCACCACAACGAUUAAAGCAAACGAUAAAAUUUCAACGAAUGAAAUGUGCGGGGAGGCCACAAACUCCAUGACUGAUGUGGAAUCUUUCGAAGAUGUUAGAAUGGAAGACUACAGCGUUAAUUACCGAGAUCCACACAAUAGUACACAUGAAGCUGUUAAUAAUGAGUUUCCGAAAAUUGCUGAAUUCUACAGCAAGGUAAUCAAUCCAGAACGGCCCACUGGAAAAAUUGCAGAGGCAACAGUGAAAAAGAUCAUUGGUAAAGCAAAAGAAUUCUUUAUUUUUGUUGCAGAGACAGAAACACGGAGUCCAAACAUUGAAGAUUGCCUCAACACGAAAAAAGUGGAUGCUUUCGUGCAAACGCGAUUGGCCAAACCCUUAAGCUACGGCACGGUGGCAGGCUAUGUACAAUCGAUUUUAUAUAUUGCCAAAUAUGUGAAAAGAAAUAGCGGAAACCUUAUGGAAAUAAAAGAGAUUGUGCAGCUGAAAAGAAUACAGUCUCAGCUGCAGAGAGAGUACGAAAAGGAGAGAAGGAGAAAAAAUACAAAUACGGACAGAAAAAAAAACUAUUACUGGGGACAAGCAAUGGAGCUAUAAAAGAAAAUGAAAUAUGAAUUGGAAACAUUUUGUGGCACGAGAAUAGAUAAGGCAAGAUUGUAUCAUGAUUUCUUAAUUCUUUUAAUGUUUGCCACUGUUAAUCCGGCAAGAAACACUGACAUGAUAAGACUUAAAAUAGUGCAAGAGAAGGAUGAAGAGCGAGAUAGAAAUAACAACUAUCUUAUAUUCAAAGAAGAUGGCACAGUGGAAUUGGAAAUAAACAUUUUAAAACCUCUUCGACUUAUGGGUGCAAUCGGAUCUCGGUUUCGAGCGUCGAUUAUUUAGAGCGCUAUUUGCGAACAUUUAUAGAUAAAGAAAGGAGGAUACUCCUUAAAGAUAAGAAACACGACUUUCUUUUCAUGCGUAAAAGUGGAGAGCCAUUUGAAAGUUCCGAAUCAUUUACAGUUUAUCUCUCCAAGUCAUUCUCACAACAUUCGGAUGAUCAAUUGCAUGUAACUACAGGAACCCUUCGUAAAAGUUUAGUUAACUGGGUUCUGUCUGAGGAAAAGGACAAAAACAUAGAAGCAGCUAUCGCAAGACUUAUGUCACACAGUCAGAGAACUCAGAGACUAAGAUACUAUACCAUGGAAACCGAGAACAAAAUUAAAAAGGG